CCCGCCCCCGUGUCCCCGCCCUCGCUCAACUCUAUGGCCGAGCGGAAGAAGCCCGGGCUUCCUUCUUCCCGUUUCCGGUCGGUCGGCUGAGCUUGGAGGAGCUGGAGUCCUGCAAAGAAGUGUAAAACCAAGGUCCUCAACAGUAUCAGGAAUGAUCCUGCUGUAACAUCUUUGGAAAGGAUUUUUCCAAGGACAGCUACGGAGAUGAUUGAUGUAAAAGCUUGGGCUGAGUAUGUUGUGGAGUGGGCUGCAAAGGAUCCAUAUGGCUUCCUUACUACAGUGAUUUUGGCUCUGACUCCACUUUUUCUAGCAAGUGCAGUACUGUCUUGGAAACUGGCAAAGAUGAUUGAGGCCAGGGAAAAGGAGCAGAAGAAGAAACAGAGACGUCAAGAAAACAUUGCAAAAGCCAAACGGCUAAAGAAGGAUUGAGAGAAAAAUUAGGUUAAGAAGAAAACUCAUCUUGAUUAAAGAGUCUACGGUUAGAGAAAAUUCAUUCAAAAUUAUGCAGUUCUUGAAGAAACACUAGGGUGCUUUUGUUGUAUUUUAUAACAGUGUUAUCUUAUCCAACUAAGUUUGACCAUGUGAGAAAAUUUAAACUCUAACCUCAAUACUAUAACUAGUAAUUUUUCAGCUUGGUUACAGAACCUCGUUGGUGCCUGUCAACUGACAUUUAUACUGCAAAUUCCUUAUAACUCAUUUUGCUGUUGUUUUUGGUAGCCCAUGCACUAAAGUGAAUCUUAGGGAAGAUAAUAUCUUAAGACUGUGAAUUGUUGUCUAAUAAUGGCUUAAGUAUAGGAUCCUAUUUAUGGACAGAGAUUUGGAAUAUUGAAGAUUAAGAUUUUUUUUCCUCCCCUGGGGGUACAGGAAAAAAUAUUCUUUAGUUAUUAAAAAAAAAAAACACCAAAAUACUUUCCAUGACACUGGGAUUGGUUUAUGAUUCAUUGGGUUGUAUAAUUUGCUCCACUAGGGCAGAUCACUUCCCUUACAUGUUUUCUUCAUCCUCUGUGAUUGUUGAUGUCAUUCCAUAAAUCUUUCAGAGGAACCACCCAAUGGACCAGCUGUCUUCCUUUGGUUCUUUUAAUGUUGGUGCUUAGAAGAACCAAUGUAGACUUGGGCUGUCUGUCUUGUCUCAUUCUCACUGUUAAACUAGCCUACCUCCUUUUCUGAUCAUGCAUGUCCUUAUGAUGUAUUAUAUGCUUUCCUACAGCUCUUAUUCACAUUUAUUUUUUUGAUAUGGAAUCAUUUCUUGGGAGCAAUAGCAUAUCUUGAUCAAGUAACAAUUUUGAUUUCUGCAUUGUUAAUGUCAUACACUUGGAAGAUACUGGCAAUGUGAUUGUAAGACAUUUCAUAUUUGAUUAAUUUUAAUACACUGUAGAAUUUUUCCCUGUUUUCUUUUUUUGACUGCAUAGCAUAUUAUAUAUUGGGCAAAAACAAUUAUGUGCAGUUAUAAAGAUUGAUAUCCAUCUUAUGAAUCACCUGCAGAAAAGAAUCUAGGAAUACUGUAAAGAUAUCAGACUUACUAGGAUCCAGCUUAUUCAUGCUCAUAUUGUACAUAAGAGUGAAAUGGUUAAAAAGUUUUGUCAGAUGAUUCUGUGAAUACAUACUUUUUUAUCCAUUAUUUUAUUUUAACCUCUGUGGUAGCAGUCAGAUAACUCCAUGUUAAAGAUCAGUUUCUUGAGACAUCUUAAAAACAAGUCCCAAAGACACAAAACCCAUUUUCAUUUACUGUGGUGGGAUGGAAAAGACAGUAAGGUAUAUAAAUUAAAUUAAAAUGAAAACAGGCUAAUUUUUUUAAAAGUUCAAGAAAAGAUGAAAAAUAAGAGUCCUUCCCUUUGUGAAAAAUAAUUGUUUAAUUGAUUAAACUUCACGUGCUUUUUAUGACCUAGUCCACUAUUAAACUUUAAUGGCUCUGAUUAUUUUUUCCUUUUAAAUGAAUUAAAACUUUUUUAAAGUAUGUUAACCUAGUAAUCCUAAUUUAAGAAAUAAAUUAGUUCUAUAAAUAAAUUUGAUACUUUUUUAA